UCAGACCGUAAUCAGAGCUCUCCCCGGCUCCUUGCAGCUGCCCCAGAGCCUCAGCGUGGGAGGACCAGCGGGUGGAGCCUGCGCCCCGGAGAGCAGCGGGCAGAGAGGCGGCGCGCGUGGGGACCGGCGGGCUGCGAGCGCCACCGGAGCCGGGGAGACUGCUGCCGUAGCUCCGGCCGCCGCGGACCUUCCGGGGCCUCCCGAGAGCGGGCCUCCGAGCUCUGUGCUCCAGCUCCCGCCGCCGGCCGGGGGGAGCCCUGGGCAUGAACGGCUACGGCUCCCCCUACCUGUACAUGGGCGGCCCGGUGUCGCAGCCGCCGCGGGCGCCCUUGCAGCGCACGCCCAAGUGCGCGCGCUGCCGGAACCACGGGGUGCUGUCCUGGCUCAAGGGCCACAAACGCUACUGUCGCUUCAAGGACUGCACCUGCGAGAAGUGCAUCCUGAUCAUCGAGCGGCAGCGGGUGAUGGCGGCGCAGGUGGCGCUGCGCAGGCAGCAGGCCAACGAGAGCCUGGAGAGCCUCAUCCCGGACUCGCUGCGGGCUCUGCCAGGGCCCCCGCCGCCGGGGGACGCCGCGGCCACCGCCGCUACUGCCUCGCAGUCGUCGCCAGCCUCUCAGGCGUCCCAGCCGCCGGCGCCGCCUCGUCCCGCCGCGGAGUUGGCCGCGGCCGCCGCGCUGCGCUGGGUCGCCGAACCCCAGCCCGGGACGCUGCCAGCGCAGCUUGCUAAGCCAGAUCUGACAGAAGAGAGAGUUGGGGACAGCAGUUCCACAGACAACACUGCGGAGGCCUUCAGUGACAAAGACACCGAUCAGAGGAGCUCCCCAGAUGUUGUCAAAAGCAAGAACUGCUUCACUCCGGAGAGCCCCGAGAUCGUGUCCGUGGAUGAAGGUGGGUACGCCGUGCAGAAAAACGGGGGCAACCCCGAGAGCUGCCCGGACAGCCCCAAGUACCACGCUGAGCAGAGCCACCUCCUGAUCGAGGGCCCGUCUGGGACGGUCUCUCUGCCCUUCAGCUUGAAAGCCAACCGGCCACCCCUGGAAGUGUUGAAAAAAAUCUUUCCCAACCAGAAGCCCACUGUCCUGGAGCUCAUCUUGAAAGGUUGCGGGGGCGACCUGGUCAGUGCCGUGGAGGUCCUGCUGUCCAGUCGGUCCUCCGCGGCUGGGGCGGAGCGGACGGCCGAAGAGAGCCUGGUGCUGCCCUCUAGCGGCCAUAUCUUUGAACACACGCUGGGCUCCUACCCUAUCUCUUCCUCCAAGUGGUCGGUGGGCUCUGCCUUCCGUGUCCCUGACACCUUACGCUUUUCCGCGGACUCCAGCAACGUGGUCCCCAACCCCUUGGCCGUGCCCCUGCAGCAUCCUUUCCCCCAGCCACCUCGGUACCCGCUGAUGCUGAGGAAUACUUUGGCCAGAAACCAGUCGAGCCCCUUUUUACCCAAUGAUGUCACCCUGUGGAACACCAUGACGCUGCAGCAGCAGUACCAGCUGAGGUCCCAGUAUGUCAGUCCAUUUCCCAGUAACUCCACUAGCGUCUUCCGGAGCUCGCCCGUGCUCUCCUCCCGCACCACAGAGGACCCUCGAAUCUCCAUCCCUGACGACGGGUGUCCAAUCGUGACAAAGCAGUCCAUCUACACAGAGGAUGACUAUGACGAGAGGUCUGACUCCUCGGAUUCUAGAAUACUCAACACGUCAUCGUAAAGUGUACCUAUGGGUGGUGACCAGGUGACAUUUUGUGUGUGUUGGAACCCUGGGCGUCCCCCUGCCCCCUCCAGGAAAGUUCACCAAUACUGUAUACCCUUUCCUCCUGUUUGACAAAGUGACGUGCUUGGUAGUCUAUACGUUAGCAAUGAAAACAUAACUUAUUUAAUUCCCUGCACUUCACUGGAAAAUGCCAAAUAGCUCUGCUCUGUGGAUUUAGUGCUGAAUGCUGUAAAUGAGUUUAAAGCUGAGGAUGCCCCGAGAAGGCCGGGCCAGUGGGGGGUUUAACUGGGGGGCCAGCUUUACUCCCUCAAUUCAACCUGGAAUGUUCAGUGAUAUAGUAUACUUGAAUGCCAUUUUGUAAAAGGAUUCCUCAGGACACUGGAAACCUUAGGGAGUGGUUCGAUGGCCAACCGACUAUGAGCAGGGACGUUAUCUGACUGCACUCAGACUAGAGCGGACUGAGCAGGCUCUUAUUUAAGCUCGGGCCGUUUUCAGAGACAAACUUCAUUAAGAAUCAUUCUUUUCACAUGGCUGAAUGGAAACACGUGUAAUAUCAACAUAAAACCAAUCCCAGCUGUGAACUGCAUGAGACGUAUCGCGAAGCGAACACAAGAUUAAGCUUUGUCAGGUUAAUGUAGCAUGCUAAGUAAGGACUCUAGAAAAAAAAAUAAACUAAGGACGC